UAGCGACCGAGCAACUGAAAGUUGGAGAAACUUGAGGCAAAAUGAAAACUAAGUUGUUGUCAAUGUAAAACCGGGAUUUGCUCAACAUGACAACUCCACAAAGAAAUGCAGACAACUUCAUGAAGUUGGAGGGCAACACGACGGAGCAUAUGGACGGUAUUCAGAAGUCACUGGAGAGACUUCGAAGCUUUUCUGUGGAGGAUGCCACAGAGACAGGGCUGCUGCGGUCCCGGAUAGACGAACAGUCAGGUCUGAUCUGCAUGCUGAAACAGAGAGCAGAUGAAGUGCUUCUUCGAUGUCUAGCCCUGCAAAAAAUCAAUACGGAGUCGGAGGAACAAGUAGCACAAUACCAGAAAGAACUUGACAGUGAAAGAAAGAAAGCUGAGCUCAUAGAGAAAAGAUUUAUGGAUUUAGCCUCAAACAAUCAAGCAAUAAUUGCUUUCAUGGACGAGCACAAACAUCAAAAUGUUCAGUUAAAGCUGGAAAACCAACAACUGCAGUCGGAAAACAAAACACUUUUCUCCAAAAAACUACAAGAUAAAGAAGUGUUUGUUAAAAAACUGAUGCAAGAAAUCAAACAGCUGACAGAAAAAUAUGAAAAAAGGGAAAAAGAAUAUAGUGCGGAAUUAGCUGGAUGCAAGUCUAAGAUCCUGGAACAAACAACGCAGCAUGAAAACAAGGAGGCAUCCCUACUUAAUCAAUUGCAUGAUUCUCAGCAACAACAAAGAGAUGCUGUAGAAAUGUGCAACGACCUUCAGCAGAAGCUACAAAAAGCAGAAGAAGAGCAUGCUUUGAAGGAAAGCAACAUGAGAGAAAGCAUAACAAGCCUCACCAAAGAGAAAGACAAACUACUCUACUUGUCUAUGGAAAGGGGGAAAGUAAUUCAGGAGAAACAAGAGGAAAUCAAGCAGCUGGAGACUAAAUGUAAAGAGGAGAAAAAAGCCUGGUCCAAAGCAGAGCACAGAUUUGAAAAGGAAGCUGAAGCUGUUAAUGCAGAUGUUAAAGUGAAGUCUCUCCAGUGUGCACUUGAUGAAUCCAUAAAAUCAAAUUGGAAGCAGAGAAAGGAUUUUGAAGCCUUCAAAGAACACAGCACCAACCUCCUUAUGCAAGAAAGGGAGUUGAAUAAGAAGCUUCGCCAUAUGAUGGGAUAACAUUUAGCCUUACACAAGUGUUCUUACCAAUGUUUGCAUUCAAACAAAUAAUUUGACAAAAAUAGUUUGCUGCUUCACAGUUCCAACAACAAAAAAGGACAAAAUGUAACACAUUCAAAUCACAAUACAAUGUUGAAUCAGUUCUUAACAUGAGAAUACUCCUCUGCCAGUUUUUCAGCCUUUUCAAUGACUUUUCCAAAACAAUCAAAUGUCCAUUAAAUGAAUUU